AAUCUCAGGAAUUUUUAAUGGCUAACAUUGGUGAAUGAGGACAAUGUGAGUUAGGAUGAGACAUUUUGGGGAAAGAUAUGGAAGGAAACAUUCAUUUAGAUGCAUAGGGAUUACUAAGGUUUUUUAUACUCAAGCCUUGAGGAAAAUUUGGCUUUGGAAGCAGGAGAUGCUCAGUGGCUCUGCCCCAGGAAAGGCUCCUGGAAAGGGCACCUCUGCUUAUGCUCAGUACAGGGAGAACAUUAGCAGGAGGCAAAGUCUGCUCCCCAUGACAUCAGCUGUCCCUUCUAUGACAUUCUAUUGUCUCCUAGAGAGUUCUGGCAUCCUCUGUGAUGUCACCAGUGUUGUAGUGACAACCAGUGCCCUAGUUUCUCUCAGUCAGAGUCUGGCGGUUACAAGCUAAGACAUGUUUUCCCGUCUUCGCAAGCGUUUUGGGAGGGGGAAUGUCGAUUCUGGAGAGACUAAAGUGAAGGAGUCUAGCCUUUCGUCUCAAAGUAAUGAUGGACAAAGACAGCACUUCUGGGGAAUGUUGAACGCUGGGAGAGAAACAUCAUCCCCUGGCACUGAACUAAGCGAGAAUCAGGCCAAGACGGAAAAGGAGAGGCUGAUUGAAGAGCUGCAGCUCAUUACCGAGGAGAGAAAUGACCUGAGAGAUCGCCUGAGGUUUCUGACAAAGAGAUCCAUGAAGAACAGGCCACACUUCAGGCCAAAUCCAUAUUAUGAAGACCUGGAGAGAAUGGAGGAGGCAGUCAUGUCAAUUCUGCACAACUUAGAGAUGGAGAACACUGAAAUCCAUGAGAACAACCAUAAGCUGCAGAAGGAGAUUACCUUCUCUAGAAACCUGCUCAGCCAGCUCCUGAUGGAGAACACAUGUAGGAAGAAGUUGUUCCCACUGAAGCAGGAGAGCAAGGAGGUACAUCUUGAUUGUGCACUGAACCAGAAAUAUUUGGUUGACUUCAACAAGAAAGAUAAAGACCAGCAACGUCCAGACCCAGCAUCAUCUGGUCUCAGAAAGUGCAAGAGAGCUGGAAUUGGACACACACCAGUAAGAGAGCUUCCUGAAGAAUAAGUUGCUUUCUCAGGAGUCCCUGAUGACAAACAUCCUGAAUGAAAACAGCACUUGAGAGACAACUUGGGGGACCUCCUUUCAUUAUGUGUGCAAGAGGAGAAACAGCAAUACAUCUGUGCUUCCAAAUGUUCGUUAAGAAUGUGAUGUUUAGAAAUAUUUUUGUUAUGAUUUUAAUUGAAAUUUUCUUUUUGUUGUUUCAUAUUUAUAUGUUCUUAUUACUGUUUUUAUCUUUUCAAAUAUUUUUAAAUAUUUUAAUUUAUUUGUUUUAAUCCUGUUUUGUUGUAAAAAUGAAUUCCUUAUGAAUAAAAAUUGAAUUCUA